UAUUUAUUGGGGCAUUGAUACAGUGAUGAUAUAGAUAGGCACCUGUAUUGAGAUUUUGUGCCUUUGUAGUUCUUCAAACAACCGUACGUCGCUAGCGCCAUAAGUGAGCCGUAAGUGAGACGGAACUGAGCCGAGACGACCAUCGAACACAGCUACAAUUCGCGCACGUUACCGUGGUACUACUAGCGCCCCUCAAUUAUGCGGCGAUCACAUAGCGGAACGGUUUUUUGAGGCAAGUUCGUCCUCCUGUAUUUCUAGUCUUCUUGAUCGCCAGAUUAUGUGACGAAUCGCCAUCUCGCCAAUUUUAAAAACGUCUCGCCAAAAUUGUUGCCAAAUCGCCAAUUUGGCGGUAAAUCGCACAACCUGGCAACCCUGCGGGGAAGUCGGAACGAACUCGGCAAUUUACAUGAUUAAAACGUAAGAUUAUGAGGUUAGAGAACAAGCUGUCAAACAGAUUACAAACACAAAACACAAGAACCAGAAAAAAUCGCGUAGAUCUACGUAUAUCAAAUUAGAUAUAUUCAAAUCAAAUUAGAUGUAACUAGAUAUAAUAAAAUCUAAUUAGAUAUAAUCGCAGAUCCGAAAGCAGCAAGAUCUAAUUAUAUGUAUAUAAGCAUAUAUUAUUAGAUCUAUGGAGAUCUCAUUAGACCUAAAUAGAUCUAAUCAGAUAUGAGUAGACAUAAUCAGAUCUAACCAUAUCGAAAAUGCACCACGAUCUAAUUAUAGUAAAGCAUAUAUGAUUAGAUCUAACUAGAUUUUAUUAAAUCUAAGUAGAUAUAAUCAGAUCUAAUCAUAUCGAAAAGGUGGCAAGAUCUAAUUAUAUCUCGAUAUAUACUUAUAUAUGUCGAAAUUUCAUAGAAAGCUGCUGUUAUUCUUUGGCAUUUUUUUUCAUAUAACGAAAAUUUCAAGAAAAAAAAAUUUUUUUUUAAUUAUAAAAAUAUAUUCCGGGGUCUAUAAAACUAAUACAAAUAAAAUUUAUGUUUAAUUGUUUAUAUUUAUGAAUAUUAAUUCUUGCAUAUAUAAUUUGCCGACCAUGUGUCGGUCGAUUCUCGGAUUGUCAUGAUGAAUAUUCAAGUAGAACUAAUUUUCGUUGUCUUUAAUUUUUGCUGCUGUGGUUAAGUAGGUAAGGCUCUGGACCUUCACCAAGAGGAUACUGUGUUCAAGUCCAGGCGAUGGUAAGUAUGUGUGGUGUAAAUCUUUCGGUCCAAUAGAUCAUUAAUUGUAUAAAUAAAAAAAUUAAAUUGUUUAAACAAUUUGAACAAUAGUUUUUUUAUUAAAUCAAUAAAUUUUUGAAAUCUCAGUGCUAUCUCAGUAUAUCUAAUUGGAUCUCAUUAUAUCUAAUUAGAUCUCAGUAUAUCUAAUUAGAACUAGUUAUAUACAAGUAGAUCGCGCCGCUUUGCGAAUCUUAUUCUAUCUAAAGCGGUUAGAUCUAAUUUGAUAUACGUAGAUCUACGCGAUUUUUUUCUGGGGACCACCAAUAGCGGUAAUUUAUGAAAACUUACCACUAAAAUCAAAAGCAAAUCAAUAGCAAAAAAAGACCUGGGGUGCAUUCCUUUAAUAAAAAUUUUUUGUUCGUUUUGCAAUUUCUCCCUGUAAUACCGGCCAAAAUUUUAUAGGAAAAAGCUGUUUCUUGUAGUGGCAGCACUAGCACAUGACAUUAAUUUUUUGGCUUCCAAUUAUUAGAUGGAUAACUGUUCAAUGUUUAUAUCAAACUGAAAUAAAUAGAAAAUUGACUUGUCGUGAUUGUUUGUUAUUGUCACAUAGCUCGUAUCACACAUUAUCGUAAACUGUAAAGCCUGGAAUAUUGCAUAAAGAAAUUUAUCACUUUUGUCGUUGUUUUUGUUUCUAGUUUUUAGUCGGUAUUACAGGGCGAAAUUGCAAAACGAAAAAAAAUUUUUUAUUAAAGGAAUGCACCCCUGGUAACAUUUGUUGGGGCAUGUGGCCAGCGUUACCCGUUGAAAAUUAAAAAUUUUCAAUACUCCGGCUAGGGCCAUUGUUAUUUUUAUUGCUUAGACAUAUUUUGACCGUUAAUCAACGAAAACAUUAUUCAUAUUUGAAAGAAAGGCAAUAGAGUUUUUCAAAGCUUUUUUUGGAGCCUUAUAAACAUUUUAUUUCAACUCUAUGAUGACAUUUUUUGAUCCGUUUUUUUAAUUUUUUUUUCGGCGAGCCAUAACUUUUGUUAUAAUCAAGAUAGGGAGUUCGAAUUAAGCUCAAAUUAUGCGGCUUAAAAAAAUCUAGUGACGGCAUUGGGGGUUUUCUUCUCUCUCAAUAACGGUUUUCGAGAAAAAGAACUUUUUUUUUCAAUUUUAUAGUUUUUUUUCUCAAAAACUAUUAUAAAUAGAAAGGAAUUUCACAAAGCGGGCGAUAGAUUUUUUUGAGACACAUAAAUUGAGCCUAAUACGAAGUCUCUACUAUGAUUUUGCGUCGAGUUAUUUAUUGCACCGUUUUUAUAACUUGUAAAAUUUUCACAUAAAUGAUGAAGAUGACAAUGAAAAUAUGUUACUAAAAAAAAUUGCUGAAAAUGAUUUUGCUGCAAAACAAAAAUUGACGCAAAAAAUGUUUCGGAAAAAAAAAUGCAACAUUAUAAAGAAAAACAUAUUAUGGUAAGCUAUUCACAUAACACUCAAUUUAAUAUCUUGAUUUUUUACACUAGAAACAAAUAAUAAUUAAUAUGGUUCCAAAAAUAUCAGUGCACAUAUUUACAAUUGUUAAAUAAAUAAAGUAACUAAUAUGAAUAAAUAAUUUAUGAAAAAUUUUCUUUUUUUUCUAUUAACAGAUGGAAAAAAAAAUGAUGAAUAAAGCCAUUGGACAACCUGUAUUGAAUCAGUCAACAGACUCAUCUUCAGAUGAAGAUUAUAGUGAUCAGAUAACAACUUAUGAACGUAUGCAUGCUAAAAUGAAUUCGCAAUAUAAUCGAAAAGCUGAGAGGAGUGUCUCUAGAGAAAACUAUAGCGAUGAUGAAAAUAUUCUGAAUGUCAACAGAAGCUUUGGUCCAAUGUCACCUGAAAAUGAUCCAUUAGAACUGGAUGACGCGCAAAACUCUAAUUCCCAGUCAAGUGAACUGACAAAUUCAAGAAACCACCGAUGGCUGAAUGAAAGAAAUAGCCAAGAAGUUCAGUAUAAUAACAAUAAUUUUGAUCAACGGCAGACUGAUGAUGCUGAACAAAAUGAUGAUUUCUCUGAUGAUCAAUCUGGCCACAGUAACGACGAUAAUAAUGACGAAGUGCUUCGAGAUAAUAAUCAUAAUUUGGAACGACAAGAAAACGUAGAUCCCAACAGAACAUUCAAUCAUGAAGUGUCAGAAGGGGUUGGCUUGAAUUUGGAUGAACUAAGAGCCCAGCCAAAGCGCUGGAAGCAUUUACAUGGAAUAGUAUAGGUAAAAGCUAGUCAGUAUCUAUUAAUUCCCAGUCCAUUAACGAUGUUAAAGAAGGAAGCAUCUUAUGCUUCUCUUCUUAUUAAGUUUUUAGUACCUGAAACAGUUUUAGCGACACAUUCACGCACUGGAAAAAAAUCUAACGCUUUUUUAAAUCGAGCAGCCAAACCUGGAAUAGACGAAAGAAUUAUAACAGCCAUUUACGAAAGUAUUAAGAAAAUUUAUCCACAAGCAAAUAAAUCAUUUGUUCUGAAUGGCAUAACGAGUGCAUGCAACACAGCAUCAUCAAAAGUGAGGAAGCAAGCUCGUAAAAAUUCAGGCAGCAAUCCAGCUCGUAAAAAUUCAGGCAGCAAUCAAAUUUAAUUGGAAUAAUGUAAAUUGGAAAAAAUUAGAAUGGUUUAUCAACAGUAGAAGAUAAAAAAAAAAAAUUCCAUAAAAGUCUCUUACGUAUAUGUAAGUGGUUCCAUUCGACCACGAGAGCGCGCCACACUACGGUCACUGAUUUAGGAAGCAAUCUCCACAACAAACACUUAUGAUAUAAUAAAAUAAAUUUUAUUUAGAUAAGUUAGCUCACUUAUAGAAUUAAGUUUAGGUAAAAGGAAGAAAAUUUUGAUAGUAACAAGAAAUAAUUAAUUAAAUAGAUUGAAUAAUCAAAUUAUAUCAAUUACCUGAUAAAUUGGCUGAGGAAUCUUAUUUUUGUAAUAUUAAUUUUUCCAUACCCGGGAAAAACGGUUUGUAUACAACCAUAUACAAUCAUAUACGACCAUAUAUGAUUGUAUACAAACUCAUACAGUUGUAUAUCGCCAUUUUCUGUAUACAAAUUUAUAAAGUUGUAUACAGUUGUAUACAACUAUAUAUGGAAUUUAUAG